CCCCUAAGGAUCUUCAGGAUCCUGUGCUUCUGGCUUGCUUGGCCUGAGCCCAAGCAGAGAUAGAAAGAAUUGUCUUGGUAAUGUAUUCCCCCAAUCUCUGGCUGUUCCCUCUUCCCAGUGUCAGGUUCCCUCUGCCAGUCCCAGGUUUGCAAACCCCAGGAGCAGAAGACUGGAGAGAUGGAGUAGGGUCUUCCUACCCUAAAGCCUCUAGUGAAGUACAAAGCAUUGCUACAGGCUGGACAUUUUGCUUAUUUGCUCCUCAUGACAUGGAUUUUCCUUCCUCAGAAUGGUUGAGAGUGCUGAGUUACCUUAAGGCCAAAGGGCAGAGACAGGAGAAUAGGAAACCACAGGGAACUUCUAAUGUUGGGAGUUUCAGCUUUACAGGGGAUAGGUACUGCAACCUCACUAGCAUUCCCACUUGAGGGAAGAAAUAGGAGGGAAAUUCUGAGUGAUCCCUAAAGGUGCACUUCUACAUCCUUGUGCUUGCAGACACCGCACAGUACCUUUGUUUUUUUAAGCACAGCAUUAAUUAAUUAUCACCUAAGGUAUCUUAUGCCUCUGCCUAAUUUAAUUGUUGGAAAUGCAGAAACCUCUCUUGCCAACCAUCUCCAAUUAAUGGCAAAGAGAAGAAUGUUGUGCUCUGUCAUGCCCAGGGACAGAUUAAACAGACUGAGCUGAUGCUUUCUCUUUAACUCUGGUGAAUCAAUAGAGAGAAGGGGAAAUGUGUGAUUUUGCUAAUAAAACAAAUACAAUAAUAAUAAUAAAUAUUUGGUGUCUGCAGUUAGAACAGUUCAGUGCCCUUCACAGAAUAUUAUUGUGUUCUUAGUGAAUAAAUUAAACUCUGCUAGAGUCACCAGGGUGGUCAGCAGUCCUCACAUUACUUGCAUUAUUCAGGUUCAGACCAGUCCUGGUUCUCAGAGAGAAAACGAGAGUUUGCCCUGAUCAGAGAUGAGGUCACUGAUGGGACAAGGUGAGCUUGCUGUUUUAUGCUUUGUAAUUGAUGAGAGAACUUUACCGUUUUUUUUUAAACACCGGUUACCAUGGAGCAGUCCACUGAAAGCAUCCUUAUUUAAAAUGUUUGCUCUUGCAUCCUUCAAAAAACCCUUUGAAGAGACUUGUCCUUGGAUUAUUACAUGAUUUAUGUUUGUACAAAAACAUCUGACUGGAUUUGGGGAAUUCAGACUGAGAUGCAAACAGCCAGCAGUUGGCUGUGAUCUUUUGCAGUGUUUUACUUUAAAAAGGUGUGGUCUUCUGAUAUCGCCUGCUACAAAACUCCACAGGGGGCAUUUUUUCCCCCUCUUGUCAGACAGCUACACCCUUCCGUGAUGCAGUUUAGCUCGUAACCCAUCUGCUUGUGGGCAGUGAUGUAAACAUACCAGCUGCCUCUGAAGAACCACUCUGAAUCCUGCAGGAGGCAGGUCUCUUCCCCGAGCAUCGCUCUCUGCAGCAUAAGUCACUGUCUCGCCAACCACGCUGUGCUGUCCCUAAACCCUCACAUCUACCCAUCCGAGAGUCAGAUCGAGUAAUCCUCUUACAGGUCAAUGAUUUUUGCAGUGUAGCUUCGUUUAAGGGAUUUAAGCUCGAUUCAUAAUGUGCUACCAUUGCGUUGAAAUGGAAAGGCUUGCUUAGAAGGGGCUUGGCUGGCACGAAAGCUUCUCGUUGUGUGUCCCACCAGCACAGAGAGACGGUGGGAAGGAGGAAACCUAACAGCAGUGCCAGCACUGCCCUGAAAAUGAAGGCUCUCCUGUUACUGGUCCUACCUUGGCUAAGUCCUGCAAACUACAUAGACAAUGUGGGCAACCUGCACUUCUUGUACUCCGAGCUAUGUAAAGGAGCAUCCCACUAUGGCCUUACCAAGGAACGGAAGAGGCGUUCCCAGGACUGCUCUCCAGACCACGGCUCCAGCUUAGCAGUAGCUUCCCUGGGCCCUGAGCUCUCAGCAGCUGCGGCCAUCGCCUUAAUGACAGAUGAGCCAGGGCUGGUGAACCCAGCCUUCAGCCCCACCUCAGAGGACAGCCAGCUGGGGAGCAGCCCCGGAGACCUGCACCGCAGCAACCGCAACAGAACUCGACACUUUGAACGUUCCACUAUAAGAAGCAGAUCUUUUAAAAAAAUAAACAAAGCAUUCAGUGUUCUUCGAAGGACAAAAAGUGGAAGUGCUGUUUCCAACCAGACUGACCGAGAAAGGGAGACUGUUGGAAACUCUUCUGCCGGAGAGGAAGGUUUUCCCAGGUUGUAUCACCUGAUUCCAGAUGGGGAAAUUACCUGCAUUAAGAUCAGCCGUACUGAUCCCCAUGAAAAUCUGGCCAUUAGGAUUGUGGGAGGCAGUGAGACCCCUUUGGUUCACAUUAUUAUACAGCACAUUUAUCGAGAUGGGGUAAUUGCCAGAGAUGGAAGAUUGCUGCCUGGAGACAUGAUACUAAAGGUAAAUGGCAUGGACAUCAAAAAUGUGCCUCACAACUACGCCCUGUCAAUCCUGAAGCAGCCCUGCCACGUGCUCCGACUGACGGUGCUCCGGGAGCAGAGGUACCGAUGCCGAAACAGCGGGCUGUCCCUGGACGCUCACUGCAACAGGGAUGACAGCUUCCAUGUUGUGCUAAACAAGAGCAGCCCAGAUGAGCAGCUGGGAAUAAAGCUGGUCCGCAAGGCCGACGAGCCAGGGGUGUUUAUUUUCAACUUGCUGGAAGGUGGCAUGGCUGCCCGCGAUGGACAGCUGCAGGAGAAUGACCGCGUGCUGGCCAUCAAUGGGCACGACCAUCGCUACGGCAGCCCCGAGAGCGCUGCCCAGCUCAUACAGGCCAGCGAGAAGCAGGUUCAUUUCGUGGUGUCGCGGCAGACCAGGCAGCAGACCCCCGACCUCCUGCAGGAGACGGGCUGGACUUACAGCGCUGGCAGCUCCCAGCCCUGUCCCGCCGAGAGAAACACCCCCGGCAAGAGCACCCUUCACACUGUCACCUGUCAUGAGAAGGUGGUGGCUGUCCGGAAAGAUCACACAGAAUCACUGGGAAUGACUGUGGCAGGUGGAGCAUCUAACAGGGAAUGGGAUUUGCCUAUCUAUGUGAUAAGUGUGGAACCUGGAGGAGUGAUCAGCAGAGACAGCAGGAUAAAAACAGGUGACAUCCUCCUGAAUGUGAACGGCAUUGAUCUGACGGGAGUCAGCCGGAGUGAGGCCGUCGCCCUGCUGAAGAACACCAACUCCUCAGUGGUCCUCAAAGCCCUGGAGAUGAGAGCAUGCGAAGCCCAGGAGGAGCAGGGUCACCUGCCAUCUCCUGAGGACACACAGGUGACCUCUGAGAGCAGCGAGUGGUCACCGUCCUGGGUUAUGUGGCUGGGGCUGCCACGGUAUUUGUACAGCUGCAAAGAAAUUGUAUUACGAAGAAAUACAUCUGGAAGUCUUGGCUUCAGCAUUGUAGGAGGUUAUGAAGAACAUACUGGGAACAAACCAUUCUUUAUCAAAUCCAUCGUUGGGGGAACACCAGCAUAUAAUGAUGGUAGAAUUAGAUGUGGUGACAUCCUCCUUGCUGUCAACGGCAGGAGCACAUCAGGAAUGAUGCAUGCCUGCUUGGCAAGGAUGCUCAAAGAACUAAAAGGAAAAAUUACUCUCACAAUUGUGUCCUGGCCUGGCACAUUUUUAUAAAACAAGUCUUCAUGGAGAGUAUGACAAGUAUCUUAACAUGGGGAAAAAAAUUGAAAAAAGGAACAUCAGUCUUUGCUGGGAGGGUCAAGUAUGUAUUUAUAAAGAAAAGGCUUGUGAAAUUUCAACCUGCAUGUCAAGAAAGUUUAGGCAAAGCAGUGACACCCAUCAGAAAAUCACUUCAGAGUGAUCCAAGCUACAGACUUAAGUCCUUCCUUCCCUAUGUUCUUAAGGGUUUUUUGUUGNAUAUAUCUAUUUAAUGCAUUAUAAUAAUAAUUAAAUUUAAGGAGCAACAGCUUCUGCUCACCUACUUUAUUUUGAUUUACAAAAAGAAAAUCUUGAAUAACUUAUGAAAAUAUUUCUUGCAAUUUUUCUAGUUGCAAUAAUCAGGUGAAGGUUUUUAUCCAACACGUUAAUAGCACUUUGAUUAUGUGUCUCUUUUCAUGGUCAGCAUGAAGCUGGUAUUUUCAAGACUUUCAAGUACUGUUUGUUAGUCUGUAAAACUGUGAAUGAAAUUUCUAAAAUAAUUAAAAAUAAUUGUAACUGUGUACUUGUACAGACAUUAUUUUCAUCCAAAACCUAAUUACCUCGUUUCCCUGGUUUGUUCUGAUUAAUACUAUUAAAUCUGGGAUUUUUAUAUAGAAUAUUACUUUCAAGGAAGUACACUGCAUCCUGCUAAUGCCAUCAAGUAAGUCUUUUGAAUAGCUGUAAUAUUUUUGUGGGACUGCCUUAUCAAUCACACUUGAUACUGUUCUGAAUUAAGUAAAUCUGAAAGUGAUGAUGGUCUU